CGCAGCCCAUGGUUGUCGUAGCCAUAGCAACCGCUAUCGUUGAGUAGCGUUAAACAAACACUUAGCUGUUUUUCUACAACGUUUGUAUUUACAUAAUUUUCUGUGCAGCGUCAUGUUUUCUAAAAUUAACUAACGUGAUUUUUUUAACCGAGGGAGGCUAAGCCACCAGGAAAGGGUUUAACUUUUCGUACCUACCUGCUAAAUUAGCAGGAGAGGGGACUGAAAACUGCGAUAACUUCCGAUACAAAUGUAAACAACAGAACUGCCUCAGAUUUGCCUCUUGGUUUUAUUUCAACUGUUGUUUGUUAGCGGGUCCUCUGACUUGAAAUAAACAGCUGAAGCGAAAGCAUGUCAGUCUUGAACAGUCUCGUCCCUGCUCGGUUUCUCACCAUCAUCGCCCACCUGGUCAUCGUUAUCACCAUCUUCUGGUCCAGGGAAAAUAAUGUAAAGGCAUGUUUACCUUUGGAUUUCACACAAGAACAAUAUGAAGCUGAAGACAAAAAGUUGGUUGUGGCGUUGGCAGUUACCCUUGGUCUGUUUGCUAUUGAGCUGGCUGGUUUCUUUUCAGGAGUGUCCAUGUUCAACUGUAGCCAAGGUCUCCUGUCAACAGGAGUCCAUGCCAGUGCUUGUGUGGCUCUUCUGUUCUUUCUAUUUGAGCAAUGGGAGUGUGACAUCUACUGGUGGAUCUUUGGCACCUGCAGUGUCCUACCAGCCUUCGUGGAGGUUUUUCUAUUUAUAGCAGUUUUUGGACUGAAGAAGAAGCCAUUAUGAAAGAGAGUUCCAACACAACAUGAUCCAAAUAAGUGUGGACAAGAAGAUCUGUCAUGUAACUUAUACAAUAGCCACAGAAUUUGUAGGCCAUCAAUGAUGUACAGUAUGAUGACAGGGAUUAUUAGCGCUCAUGUUGACUCACUAUAUCAACAAAAUAUCAGUCUGUUGUUUGGGUUUUUUUCU